GGUUCGCUCACUCCGAGGAAGAGCUAGUUGGUGAACUGCCUCCUCCUGGUACAUGUGAUGGUACUACGCCCAAGCCUCUUCCAGUUACAUCCCAUGAAGGGUCAAUCAGCAACCAGCAUCAACUGAAUUGCAUGGCACCAGACUUCCAUCCUGGACUACCUCUCUCUCCUACUACUAUGGAUAACGGUGUCACCGACUUAGAAGUAGAUGCAUCCAAUAGAAGAUAUUAUGAGAGUGCACAGCAGCCCUCAAGACGUUUAACGACAAGCUCAACAAGCCCUCAAGGUUUGGAGACCUCUCCCGUGCAUGAUCUGACCCUACCACUAUUCGGCGGUAAUGGCAGCUUCCUUACGGCUCGUAUGGUAAGUCCGGAUGGUACUCCUCUGGCCAAUGGACCAUUGAUGAUACCGACUUUCGCUCAAGCAGCUGCUCAACAUCAACAACAGUCUUUGGGUAACACUGGCAGCCCUGCUAACUAUCCUGGCCCUCCCCUACCUGUCCAUCUGAUGCAAAGUCCCUUGAAUAUUGGAUCUUGGGGAGCAGCCUCUCAAGGUACUCCAACAUUCCAUAUUGGCGCUAACAGAACUCCUACUCAUAUCCACGAACUUUUACGUUCUGCGAGCAUCGACGAACUCAAGCGUUACGCCAAUCAGCUAUAUGAAGAUUAACUCAGUAUUAUUGACGUCUAUCACCACCCUCAGCAUUUUAUUCCUCGUGGUCACUGCGUACGCGGCUUUUGCUCAGUCCUAUUUUGGAAUGAGUGCCGAGACUUGGAUGAACUGUGUUAAGCACCUCUAUGUAUCCCCGUUAUGACGCGGUGGUUCCUGUAAAGUCUCUAUUGGGGAUAUUCACAUGGCGACGUGCUAUAAGACCAUCCGUCGUUUCCUGCAGUUGACAAACGGAG